UGAAGAAGACAGCGGGGAACGCACACUACGACAAGAAGAUAGCGCUGAUUGGGUGUGGACCAGCGAGCAUCUCGUGCGCCACGUACUUGGCCCGUCUGGGUUACCGCAAUGUGCACAUAUUUGAGCGCGACUCGCGUGUCGGCGGACUGAGCACAAGCGAGAUUCCGCAGUUUCGUUUGCCGGGCUCGGCGGUGAACUUCGAGGUGCAGCUGCUGCUCGACUUGGGUGUGAAGAUUUUCACGAAUCGUGCAUUCUCGGCCAGCGAGGCCAACGGCAUCACCUUGUCGAGUCUGCGCAAGGAAGGCUACAAAGCCAUCUUCCUGGGAUUUGGUCUGCCGAAUGCCCACUCGACGUCGGUGUUCUCUGGUCUCACGCCGGAUCAGGGGUACCUCACCUCGAAGGACUUCCUGCCCGAGGUGUCGUCAGCAUCCAAGGGAUGUCAGGGAUGUCCUAAGGCCCGACUACCUGACUUCUCGGGCAAGCGAGUGGUGGUUCUGGGAGCAGGCGACACGGCGUUCGACUGUGCGACGUCGGCGUUGCGUUGUGGAGCGAAGCGAGUAACUGUGUCUUUCCGGAAGAGCUUCACAGCCAUCAACCCGGUGCCGGAAGAAAUGGACUUGGCGUGGCAGGAGAAAUGCGAGUUUUUCCCCAACCUCGCGCCACAGAGGGUGAAGUUGGGGAGUGAUGGGAAGAUAUGCGAGAUGGAGUUCAUCCGACGGGAGCAAAAUGACGACGGCAGUUGGUAUUCCGACGCGGAUCAGGUGAUCAGAAUAAAGACGGACUACGUGAUCACUGCGUACGGCUCGGAGCUGAAUGAACCAGGAGUGCUGAAAGCGAUGGAGGGAGUGGAAUUGGCUCCGAGUGGGUUCUCGAAGGGUCUGCCUGUGGUUGACUUGAAGAGUAUGAGGACAAAUCAGGAGGAUGUGUGGUGUGGUGGUGACCUGAGUGGUUUUGCUCACACCAGUGUGGAGGCCACGAACGAUGGCAAAACGGCAGCUUGGAGCAUUCACAGCACUCUGCUGGGAGACGAGGAGAGCCAUGUUACCUGUCUGCCCCGUUUCACCACUCCGAUCGAUCUGGUGGACGUGUCGGUGGAGAUGUGUGGCAUGAGGUUUGAGAACCCCUUCGGUCUGGCGUCAGCCCCUCCGACCACAUCGAGUGCCAUGAUUCGGCGAGCAUUUGAGGCAGGCUGGGGAUUCGCAGUGACGAAGACCUUUGGUCUGGACAAGGAGCUCGUGACGAAUGUGUCGCCGAGGAUAGUUCGCGGUCCGACUGGAGGGCACAUGUACGGACCUGACCAGUCGGGAUUCUGUAACAUAGAGUUGAUCAGUGAGAAGACGGCGGCCUACUGGAUACAGAGCAUAAAGGAGCUGAAGAGGGACUUCCCCACGAAGAUGGUGAUUGCGAGUAUAAUGGCGAAGUUUGACGAGCAGGACUGGACGCAGCUGACGGAGUUGACGGUGAAGGCGAAGCCAGAUGCCCUGGAACUGAACCUGUCCUGUCCACACGGCAUGGGAGAGCGAGGAAUGGGUCUGGCCUGUGGUCAGGAUCCCGCACUCGUGCGACAGAUCUGCAAGUGGGUGAAGCGAGCAGCUGGACCCAACAUGCCGGUGUUCGCGAAGCUGACACCCAAUGUGAGCGAGAUCGUGGAGAUAGCGAAGGCGGCGCGGGAGGGCGGUGCAGACGGCGUGACUGUCAUCAACACGGUGUCGGGUUUCAUGCAUUUGGACAGCGACUCCACACCAUGGCCGAGUGUUGGCAAGGAGAAGCGCACGACGUAUGGCGGAUUGUCGGGCAACCUCAUUCGUCCGAUGGCGCUGAGAGCAGUCAGUCACAUUGCGAACAAACUGCCGGGUUUCCCGAUCCUGGCAACAGGAGGAAUAGACUCGGCUGAGGCUGGUCUGCAGUUUCUGCAGGCCGGAGCUAGUGUUUUGCAGGUGUGCAGCGCCAUCCAGAACCAGGAUUUUACAAUAAUCGAGGACAUGGUGACUGGGCUCAAAGCAGGCCUCUACUUGGAUGGACGCGAAGGA